GACAGGACUUGCUUAGUUCCUGCGAUCGCGAGCAACCGAAAAUCUUUGGACAAGUUCAAAGUCUUGAUUUAGUACUUAACCAACCAUUUUUUUUACCGUGCAAUUCAACAAAGUAUAUCGUGUGCUAUUUUUUGCCUGUGAAAAGUGGAAAAUUCAACAAAAAUACAAUUUAAAAAAAGAAUCAGGAUCACUACUUGAAGGAUCAGCGACAGACAGCAGCUGGCAAGAUGCUCAAGUGGGCUGUCAACCAGCCGCGAAACUCGUAUUUGGCCCAGGAGCUAGGCCUGGGAAUGGGAACGGUCUCCGCCCUGGAAACAGGCUCCUCGCUGGAGUCCAAGGCUGUGACCACCACCAGCUACAGCGAGUUCCAUGCCUUGCGGGGCAAGCUGAAGCGUAAGUCGCUAUGCGUGGGCCAGGGCAAGGAGAACCAGCUGACCUCCACACCGCUGCCAACCAGCGCCGCCUCUCUGGCACCACGCACGCCGCUGCUCAAGGAUCUGAGCAACAUCCUGGCCACUCCACCCUCAGGAAAGGGAAGAGGAACAGAAGCAGGAGUAGGAGCACAAGCGGGGGCACUAGCUCCUGCCAAGUACGCCUGCACCCUGCCCACCUUCGAGGCGGAGUACUCCCCCACGGCGGCCAUCAUCCCUGGUCCCCUGAUCGCCCUGCGAGGCAUGGGAGUCCCAGACAGUUACUUCGAGAAGCCGCGAUACCUGGAGCAGAAGCCACUGCCUGCUCCGCAGCCUUCUGCCCAGAAGGAGCAGCAGCAGCAGCAGCAGCAGCAGCCAGGCAGCACCACGCUCAGCUCCAGCCAGAUGGGCGAUGUGACCCUGGAGCGCAUGAUCGACGCCAUUCUGGAGAGCAACCGCAAGGCACCGCCACCACGCCAGCGCCAGCAGAGGCAGCAUCUCCGCCAGCAGCAGAUGCGGCACAGGCAGCAGCUCCUGAGAGUCACCUCAAGAUCUAGAAUCCCCUCUGGAACCCACUCGCCCACCUACCGCCCCGCCUUCGACCCGGCCAGCGACCUGUGCGAAUACUGGAAGUCUCCCUCGCGGAGGGACUCUCUGCCCGCCGACGGCUUCGAGGAGCGGGAGGUACGCUCCCCCCUGGCCACCGCUAACUGUGCCACCUCCCAGACCAAGUCCAAGUCGCUGCAGCUGCAGCUGCGCAGGCAGCGAGUGGUAAGACGCAAGCGGAAGAUUGCCACCAAGAUCUCCUCCAGCGUGAGGCAGUCAGCACAGAAGCUGCUGGCUGCGGCCAGGGCUGGGACUGGGACUGGAACUGGCCUGCCCAGUCACAGGAGCGCACAGAAGAGGCGCCACAUCAGUCCGGACAGCGGGCACAACUCCACCAGCGACUUUGAGGAGGAGGUGGUCGCCAUGGGAAGCUGCCUUACCGAGGCGGCCACCAAGCGGAGGCUGAGCUUCUCCUUCCCAGAGGAUUUGUUUGUGGAAAAGUAGAGUUUUGUUUUUUUGUAAUACAAAAAUAUAUAUUUAUAUUUUUUUUUAUGUUUAUUUAAAACUAUAAACUAAACGUAUUUUUUUUCGAAUGGCUAAAAGCGCAGCCUUGCCUUGGCAUCCAAAUGUUGAAACAAAUCCUAUAAACUAAGUGUAUUACU